CUUCUUUCCCUCUCUUCCUCCUCCCCUCUUUCCACCACCUCCUCCCUCCCCUCUUUCUGCCUCCUCUCCUCUUCUCCCUCCCUUCCCUCUUCCUCCUCUUCCUCCCUCCACCACUUCUUCCUCCUCCUUCCCUCUUUCCACCUCCUCCUCCUCCCUCCCUUCCCGCUCUCCUCCUCCUCCUCCUCCCCCUCCCCCUCUCCCUCUCCGUGCGCGUGAAGGCGGGGGCUGGGCGGGGGCUGUGGCCGCCUUCCUCCCCGCCCGCCCGCCCGCCGGCCGGCCGGUCCCGUCCUGUGGCUGCUCCGAGGCGGCGGCUGUGGCGGUGGCGGCGGCCGCCCUUGCGCUUCUUGCCCAGCCGGGGCUGCAGGGCGGCGGGAGGGGGCUCCGCUGGCCCGCCCGCCUCCGGCCCGGCGCCGGAGCAGCAGCGCCUGCAUUGCAGAAGCCGCCCGCCCGGUCCUGCCCUCCGCCUGCCAGCAGAGCGGCCGCAGCCUCCGCCAGCAGGAAGGGAGGGAUGCCGGCGCUGCGCUUCCCCGCGGCAGAUUUCUCAGGAGAAAACAACUUACUCUCGCGGCUUGCUGUGGUAAAAAUGAACUAGCGUCUUCACCAUCGGACGCACACCGCCAAAACUUUACUCCAAGUCUGCUGAAAAUGGACGUCUUGUAACCUUCCUCCUUCCGCUGCCCAGUUAGCAGCUGCCCUACAUGAUCCCAUGACUCUUGAUAUGGAUGCUGUCCUCUCAGACUUCGUUCAGUCCACGGGGGCAGAGCCUGGUCUAGCCAGAGACUUGUUGGAAGGAAAAAACUGGGAUUUCACUGCUGCUUUGAGUGACUAUGAACAGCUCAGGCAGGUGCACACAGCCAACUUGCCUCAGGUUUUCAACGAAGGAAGGUAUCCCAAACAGCAGCCGCAGCAAAAGCCGGAUAAAGAACCUUCCCAACAGGUGAACAAGAGUGAGCGUCUCUCCUUUCCUAGACAGGAGGACAUCUCCCAAGAGAAGAGGCUUUCUAGAGGAAUCUCUCACGCCAGUUCCGCCAUCGUCUCGCUCGCCCGCUCUCACGUGGCCACCGAAUGUAACAAUGACCAUUUCUCUCUGGAGAUGCCCAUCUACACCUUUCAACUUCCCGACCUCAGCGUUUACAGUGAAGAUUUCAGGAGCUUCAUUGAACGGGACCUGAUUGAACAGGCCACCAUGGUUGCUUUGGAACAAGCUGGUCGUCUCAACUGGUGGUCAACGGCCUGUACCAGCUGCAAGCGUCUCCUUCCAUUGGCCACAACUGGGGAUGGAAACUGCCUCUUGCAUGCUGCUUCUUUGGGGAUGUGGGGGUUUCACGACCGAGACCUUGUAUUACGGAAAGCACUUUACACCAUGAUGAGGAGUGGGGCUGAAAGGGAAGCUUUGAAGAGAAGGUGGAGGUGGCAGCAGACCCAGCAAAAUAAAGAGUCAGGAUUGGUUUAUACGGAAGAAGAGUGGGAGCGAGAGUGGAAUGAACUGCUCAAGUUGGCCUCCAGUGAACCCCGCACUCACAUCAGCAAGAACGGAGGCAGCGGCGGUGGAGUGGAGAAUUCGGAAGACCCCGUCUAUGAGAGCCUGGAGGAGUUCCACGUUUUUGUGCUGGCCCAUAUAUUAAGGCGACCGAUUGUUGUCGUGGCAGAUACAAUGCUACGGGAUUCAGGAGGAGAAGCAUUUGCACCCAUCCCCUUUGGUGGAAUUUACUUGCCCUUGGAAGUCAUGCCCAACCGAUGCCAUUGCUCUCCCCUGGUCCUCGCUUAUGACCAAGCCCAUUUCUCGGCCCUCGUGUCAAUGGAACAGAAAGAUCAACAGAAGGAGCAAGCGGUGAUCCCUCUGACCGAUUCUGAACAUAAGUUACUGCCUUUGCACUUUGCGGUUGACCCAGGCAAAGACUGGGAAUGGGGCACGGAUGACAGUGAUAACAUCAAAUUGGCCAAUUUGAUUCUGUCCCUGGAGGCAAAGCUUAACCUUCUGCACAGUUACAUGAACGUAACCUGGAUUCGCAUGCCGUCAGAAACACGGGCUCCCUUGGCUCAACCAGAAUCUCCUACGGCCUCAGCUGGAGAAGAUGUCCAGUCACUGGCAGACUCCAUGGAUUCGGACAGGGACUCCAUCUGUAGUAAUUCCAAUGGCAAUAACGGCAAAAAUGGGAAGGAGAAAGAAAAGCAGAGGAAAGACAAGGAGAAGAACCGAGGGGAUUCGGUGGCUAACAAACUUGGAAGCCUCAGCAAGACUCUGGGCAUCAAGCUGAAGAAGAACAUGGGUGGCCUUGGUGGGUUGGUCCACGGCAAGAUCAACCGAGCCAACACCGGGAACGGCAAAAACGGGGAGAUCACGGAGAAGGCGAAAGAGAAGAAGUCAAAAUCGCGUAAAGGAAGCAAAGAGGAAUCGGGUCGCUCCGCGAGCACGUCCCCCUCAGAGAAGACCACCCCAUCUCCCACAGAGAAGGCGAGUAUCUCCCCUGCGGAGAAAGCCAACUCAAAAUCUCCGUCCGAGAAGCAGCCGGACUCCUGGAAAUACAGCACAGACGUGAAACUGAGCCUCAACAUCUUGAGAGCCGCCAUGCAAGGAGAGCGGAAGUUCAUUUUUGCCGGCCUUCUCCUGACCAGCCAUAGACACCAGUUCCAUGAGGAGAUGAUUGGCCACUACUUGACCAGUGCCCAAGAGCGCUUCAGUGCCGAACAAGAGCAGAAAAGGAAAGAGGCAGAGAAGAAGGCCGCGACUCUCGGCAGCUCCUCCUCUCGAAAACUGGACCAAGAAGGGUUUUCCAAGGAGAAGCUGGACUCGUCUCCUCAGGGGAGGGCAUCACCAGUGUUGCCUCAAAGCCAUACCACUCAGCUGGUUUUAAAGUUCAAAGACCGUUCCAGUCCCACGCCGGCUUCCUUUUCGUCACCUAGCAACGGUGCCAAGAGGAGUGGACCCAUCCCAGUGUCUGCCCAUUAUAGCCAUACGCCCCCCGUCCAAAGGCAGAGCGUCAUUCACUUGCACGACUUCAACGCCAAGCCAUCCAGCUUCCAAGAUGACGUCUACAAGCCCGUGGUGGGCACCCUUAAAACAUGUGCCACCUACCCUCAGCAAAACCGCUCAUUGUCCUCGCAGAGUUAUAGCCCGGCCCGGAUAGCCGACAUCCGUACGGUCAACACGGUGGAAUCCCUGGCUUACGCUCUGCCCACGGACCCCAAAUCGCAAACGUACACCAAUGGGUUUAACAAUAGCAACGACAUUAGAGACAGCUUAGAGUAUGUGGACGAAGAUGCUCCACAAACCUGGUUGAACAAUGAGAAAAAUCGCCAGAGGACCACGGUUUGCCCUAUGUACACCAUCCAGCAGAACCGUUGCAAGACGGAGAAUUGUUCCUUUUACGGCCGCCCCGAAACCAAGAACUUCUGUUCCUGCUGCUACAAGGAGGAACUCAAACGUAGGGAACGGGAGAGUAAAAGGUCCCGGCAUUGAAGACCGUGGAGCUCUUCGAAUAAAUAUUUAUUUCCUUCUUUUUCUUACUUAGGACAUACUGUAUGUGGUAAGGGACUGAAAGAGGAAGGACCAGGGGGGAUUCUAGAAAGCGCUAGCUUUUAAAAAAAAUUUUUUUGCAGGGGUGGUCGGCAAGAAAACAAACAAACAAACAAAAAAAAAGGAGUGAGGAUCCUUGGGUAAUCAAGAGUUGGUGGCUUCCCGUUCCGUUGGUGUCUUUUUUACAUACGCUGGUAGUCGGAGAGGAUCUUUACUUCUUUUGUCAGUGCUGUAUCCGUGUGGUCAAAACUUUACUAAUGGUGCCUGAAUUCACACUGACAUCACUCAGGUAGUAGAAAGAUUAGGGGAAAAGUCAUAAAAAUAGAAGACGUGGUGUGGUAAGUGUACAAAUGUGUCUGCCUCAUUCUGUAGAUCAAGGUGGGGAACUCUGGCUCUUUUAUGAUGUGUGGACCUCAACUCCCAGAAUUCUUGACCAGCAUAGCUGGCUCAGGAAUUCUGGGAGCUGAAGUCCACAAGUCAGCAAGCUGAAUUCCGGGAGCUGAAGUCCACAUGUAUAAAAGGGCCAGAGUUCCCCACCCCUGUUGUAGAUCAUCUUCACAGAAGAAAUGUCAUGUUCCAUUGCUCUUCUUCCCCUUCCGUUUUUUUUUUAAAGGAAGUGAGCAUCGUAAAGGCGUAUUUAGCUCAUAUUAACUCACUAAUAUCCUUGCUAUAAACUGUGGUUUUUUUUAUAGCCCCCUUUCACAAAUGAAAGCCUGGGUCAAUGACAACAGCUUUUCUCACCCAACAGAAGCGUAUUCAUUCAUUCAUUCCUGUAAGUGAUCUCCGGUUUUGGGCUACAACAAUUGCUCAAGAUGGAAAAGUCUGUCCUUCAAUUGCACAACCUUGCUGGCUGAUAUUAAAAUAAGGCUCGACUCUUAUAUUAAAAAUGAGCACUUUACAGUUUAGGGUCAGGGUAGUGCAGACCCUGAUGUGGUCAGCUCCUGCAUUGCAGGCUGUAUCAUUCACUGGUUAUUGCCACGUCAUUUAGUUAUAUUUUUCCCGGAUGUUGGUUCGUUCCAAACUUUCUGUAGCCUGUCACCCAAAUCCUUCCCUUUCCAGAGAAGACGAGAUAAAUGGCCUAUAUUUAUUUGCACUGAUGUUAAAUUAUGGACACCUAUUUUUGAAAACCAAGCUAUGGGGGUUUUUUCGGUGUGUGUUUUUUCUAUACGUUCUCAAAUGUGACCCUUUGACGUUUGGAUUCAGGAAAAAGACGAGCAGCCGAAUUUAUUUCAGCAAUUAUUUUAAAAACUCCAUUGAACCGAGAUUGUGGAUUUCUGAACCAUCUGGGUAACUUCUCUAGAGGUAUCAAAUUGUUUUGUCACAGGUCUUGUAUUGUAUCAAUGGGACAACCCUGAUUAUUUGUUUUACAAACGGAUAGCUUUCUGCAGCCAACUACCAUUAAAUAGUAAAAUCUGUCAAAAAUAUAAAGCAGAGUUAAAAAUCAGCCCGUAAGAAUUAGAAUUAGGACAAUAAAAGGAAAGGUCAUUUGCAGCAAAAUAAUGGCAGUGGCUUUCUUGCUGCCAAGCCAAGUUCUGAAAAACAGCAUCUUCCAAACUGCCAGCUGCCUGUAGCCCCUUGUCCAGAAUUGGCCUUGCAAAGAAACAGAGAAAUUUUGCAGUGGAUUCCAAAUUGAUAUCCUAUCCAAACAGUUAGCCCUUGUCAACAUCUUGGUCAGUGGUCAUCCCCAUCAUCCAAAGAUGCUAAACCUUCUUCAGAAGUCGCCUCUAGUCUUGGCAUAGGCAGACCGAAUAAGGGAAGAACAUUUUAUAGUGUCCAUGCAUAGCUGAUGAAAUAGUCAAAACUGACAGAGAAGCAAUUUUUUUUUUUUUGGUUUACAUUUAUAUCCCGCCCUUCUCCGAAGACUCAGGGCGGCUUACAGUGUAUAAGGCAAUAGUCUCAUUCUAUUUGUAUAUUUUUUACAAAGUCAACUUAUUGCCCCCCCAACAAUCUGGGUCCUCAUUUUACCUACCUUAUAAAGGAUGGAAGGCUGAGUCAACCUUGGGCCGGGCUUGAACCUGCAGUAAUUGCAGGCUCUGUGUUCUAAUAACAGGCUUCUAACAGCCUGAGCUAUUCCGGCCCCUAGGAAUUCUAGUUUCCACAGCAAUCUUUUCUUCCUCGGAUGACUUUUCUUGAGUUUGGGUAGACUCCUCAGCUCUACGCAUGAUCUUUCAGAAAAAGCCAUUCCACCUCUAUGGAAGAAUAGUCAUGGUAUCUUCAUCACUUCGGAUUUAAGUUGGAUUUAAUCAGGAAGAUCUGAGGAAAAAGUGGCAGGAACCACUUUUAUCUUUCUUCUCCCUACUUUUCAAAGCCAGUGGUUUGUUAUAAAAACCACGAUGCGAUCCAUAAUUGGGUUCCUUCCUAUUCUGUUGUGUGUUUGUCUUGUAGUCAUCAUCUUUGUUGGCAGACCUAGGCUGUUAGGGCAUAAGAAUGUGCUACAUUCUUAUACAGAGCAAUAUAACCUAACUCUUAGGAGAAUUUUUGUCUGCAUCUAUCCUAAGUUACAUCUCAGCCUGUAUACAUCUUCAUCCAUUCCGUUCCUUUGAUUCCAUUCCAUUCAUAAAAAGGGAAGGAAAACCAUUUGUCCCCAACUUGAAAGCAACUUCAAACAUCCAAGUGAUUUUGAAAAGCUUAUUCAAGAUCCUUACAUCCAAGUGUAAGAAUUCUUCUCCCGAUCAUGCAUCAUUUUAUAUUUGGUUCUGCCUCCCUAAAUAUAAAACAACGGUGCCUACUCUCCAUAGUUAUUCACUCAUGUGUUUCACCCACCUUGUUGUAAGUCUCCUGGAGAGCCAAUCGCCGAUGCAUUCAUACCGGCUUAGAAAAGGAAUGAGAAAGUUUCCUCAGCAUCUCGGAAUAAGUAUUUUAAUUUUGGAAGGUUGACUAAUACUUGACUAUAACAGUUUCUGUAUCUUUGGAAAGGUGUGGCAGUUCUCAGUUUAAGACCAACUUUCCCCCGUAAAUGGCGUCGGGUUAUACACACCAGAAGAGUGUCCCAGGCUGUGUACAGAAACCCUGAUUCCUAGCUUAUUCCUAGUCUUUGGGAAAUCUCAGAGAGAGAGAAAGAGAGAGAGAGAUGGCUCCAUAUUAAUACUAAUUGGCUUUUUUUGUCAAUGUUUCCUCUAAGAUCUGGGAGGACGAACGUGUUGGAGAAUAUCUUUUCCAUGCCCUUUUGUGCUUCCACUUUGGGAUCGAAAUAUUCAGCUGAGGUGGGACUGGGAUGUCUGACUCUUGAACUUUGUGUCCAGUUCAUUCCUAGGAGUCUCCCUCCCAGUGCUGAAGAAGGCUGUGGGGUCUUGAUGUUCCUCCUUGGUUGUGGAGAUUACUGAUUCAAUUCUUUGGCCAAAGAAACUAUGAUGUUUUGCUUCUCAUCCAAGAAGCUUCUCCAGUUCUGAAGGAAAAACCAAGGAAGUCCAGUUGCCUCUUGAAGAAGCACCUUUGGGACAACCAGGACCUGGAUGACUGAGAAUCUCCACAGACAUUCUGUAGGUGAAGUUAGUUAUCUAAAAAAUUGUCACUAGGAUGUUCUUCUUUUUUUCCCCUUUUGUUCAAAGACUUUCUCCCACUAAUGAUGUCUUUUCAAAAUUAUCUAUGUAAACAGGUACACGAACAAGCAACAUGUAAGAUACGUUACCGGUCUUAGGGCAUGAAAUAAUUGAUGCUCUUCCCUGGAGCAAAAUAUCAGAUGUCUACUUGAAUCAUUCCACUGUUUCUCUUCACAAUUUGAUUUGAAGCCUAAUCCUUAAAUUAUUGCAAAGACUAUAAUUACUAUGGAGUAGAGCUAUGCAAACACAAAUCCUUGAAAUAACAAGAAGUCAAUAGUUAGUGGAGAAAGAAAGAGAGAAAGAAAAAAAAGAAAAGAAGAAGAAAAAAAGAAAGAAAAAGAAAAAAAAAGAAAAAAGUAUUACCACUACUUACAGGAAGAAAACUAGAAAUACAUGAAAUAUAUGAAAAGUUGCUAGAAUUAGAACUUUUAUGAAAGAUUACUUGGAUUUUUUUUAAAAAAAGACUCAAAACUAUAAAUUGUUAAUUCUUUUUAAUGUAGAUUACGUUCUAUUACUGAGAGAUUGAAUUUUAUCAAAGCCAAACAAGAUUUUACUAGAAAAUUUCUCUCACUCAUUGUCUUUCUCUCUCUCUCUCUUUGUAAGUGUGAAUACAUGUGCAUACAAAGACUCAAACAUACCCACAAUCCGUUACGCUACUACUGUUUUAUUCCAUUUGUGUUGUACAAAUUUGUGAGUUGGGUCAAGGGUGGGACAAGUGGAUAUUGUAGACAAUUCAGUGUGUUAAGGGCUAGGGGGAUUCCUGGAAGUGAAUUCUAAGUGAAGAAUGUAGUUGUGCAAAAAAACAGUUCUAAUGUAGAUGUCGGAAUUGGGGGCGGGUUAUUUUUGGAGGCUGUUGUGGAAACAAAGAGGAUUUUCUACACAAGCCCUGCUGAAAUGCACAGAGGACAACUUAAUACACACCUGUCAUUUCAGUGGCACUUGUGUAAGAUUUUUUUUCUGAUGGAGUAUCCUCUUUAUUUGGUGCGUCAGACCUUAGAACAGUGGUUGAAUGUACUUAGUGUUGCUAACUGUUCUGGGCAAAGCAAUGUUUUUACGGAUAAUUUUUUUUUAAAAAAAAGGUUUAUGUUUAAAAUAUACAUAAAUAAUAGAGGGAAGUUGCAUUGAAGAAAGUAGGCGGUUUUCUGGACAGGUUUGAGCCAUUCUACUAAUAUUAUUAAAAGACAAAAAUUAUGCAAAAAGUUUAGCCUUCCUUCUGUAGCUCAAAAGAGCUAAGGGAAGGUUCGUAAGCAAACGUUACCUAGGCAUUCUCAUACUUUGUAAUAAUUCACUUAAACCAAGUAUUUCAAAGGGCUAAUGAAUGAAUAAAACAUGAUCCUCUCGUGUUUACAGAGAAGUUGCGUUGUGUAUGUGUGGUAGAUGUUUUUCAGCACAUCUACAGGAUGUUUUCCAGCAGGUCAUUAGAAGCAAAAGUUGAACUGGGAAGCCUGGUUUUUCUCUAAGACUGGUGGUGCCCUUCUCCACCUUCAGUUAAUUACUCAUUCUUCUUGCAAAACAAAUAACAACAGCAACAACAAUAAUGGACAGGCUAUUUCCUAGGACAACACAUCAUGCUUUCACUUUCAAUGCCUCUGGAAUUUUCCCCAUUGUUCCUAACUGAAAUAUCUAAAACGGGAAAAAGCUCGAAGGGCAUUUGCAAAAUGACCCAUGAAAGAUGAUGUGUUUGGACCUCCGCAUAACAUUCUGGAAAGGCGACAGAGCUGCUGUGUACUUGUUGUGUAACGAUAGCUGUGCAAAUUCUUCUAACUCAAUACGGAUCCCUCUAACUCAGUGAGUUUCAACCUCAGCAACUUGAAGAAGCGUGGGCUUCAACUCCACAAAUUCCUUUGUUGCCGAAGUGGAGGAAUCUUGUUCUAACUCAACCUCUCCCUUUGAAAAAAACCCCUGAUGUUAAAUAUAAUAUGAGGGAUGUAACUCCCAACAUUUUGAAAAGCACCGUAAGCAGUAAUGGGUAGAUUCCAGAAUUUCUUAUUGUACGUCGAAGAAGGGAGAGAAAGUGUACAUACGUAAGAGUCUGGGGAAAAUGCAGAGUGAGAUGUUGGCUAUGAGCUCAGUUUCCUAAGAGUCUCUUUAUUUGUUGAGUUGAAAGCAACGUCCCAACUUCUCUUUAGGCCAAAUGCUGUAUAUUGCUGAUUAAAAAUCUACAUGCAAAUGCACAGAGUUACAAAACAAGGGCCAGACUAUAUAAAUGGAAAUAAAUCUAAACCUAUUCUAAAAAGAAUCCAAAAUCAUGUUAUUUAGAAGAUCAGAUCCAAUUUAGGAGUGUCAUGUCUUCAUAACAAGGGCAGUAAAAGAAUUUGCCUCUUUUUUUAAUUAUUUACCAUUCAGUUCUGUUGAUCUCUAAGAGUUUAUUGUGAAGAUAUAAAGAAAUAAGUUAUUAUAGUGGUGGACUGGUGGUAUUCUCCUUCAUGCUGAGGGAAAAUGCUUGAUCUUGGGGGUAAAGAACCAGCAAUGAAUAAUUAUAGCUGUCCCUCAUUCCGAAUGGCUUUCACCCCUGAUGAUAUUUGAAUCUCUUACAACCUACGACCAUCCAGCUUUGAAGGUCUGGCAAAAUUUAUGAAAUUCUUGCAGAAUAGAACAUGGCCUGGAAUUCAAAUUACUUCAGUCGGUUGUUUGCACACUUGCUUUUCCUGUACACACGAUGGUUCUUUUUUUUAAAACAAAAGGAAAAAUAAUGAUAAUAUACUGUUUUUUUUAACAAGAAUCCCUUAAAGGAAGGUGUUUGUAAAUGUUCCGUUUGUAGACAUAAAAGGCUGUAUUGUGUUGGAAUUUUACAAGCCAAGUUUAAAUUAUAAUAUAGAAAAUUAUUUUUAUAUUAUUUUCAAAAUAUGCUACGAAGCAAUAUUUUGCGCCUUUAUUAUUAUAGAGUCAUUGUCAAUUUAGUAAGUUGGUGUGGGGACUGUGGUAGUAACAACCUUGUGAAGGAAGCUUUGUAAGUGUUAUGAAACAAUCCAAAUGCGUUUUGUCUGUGUUUGCCUA